CACACAUGACUAAUUAUUAACAUUAAAAAUAUUAGAAUAUUGGGUUAAUAACAUACGAAUAAUUAUUUUACUAAUAUGCAGAUUAAUAGCUAAAGCAGCCAACCAAUAGAUUACUUUAUUUCAUACACAUCCUACACAUGAACCAAUAACAGGCUAGUUACGAAAAGAACAGAUAUUUGAAAAAAAAGUGUCAAUUGUGCACAAACUUGGGUCAAGGGCAGUCAAUGAUAUUUCAAUAAACACAUCAAAUAAAACUUCUCAGCUCCCAGGAAUAUAAAUAUGAAGAGCUUGACUUACAAAAGCAUCUAAUCUAAUUUUACUAGCAAUCUUUAAAACUAAAAAAUAAGAUGAGGAUGAUGCAAGUAUUUUGUCAUAUAGCCUACUGUGUGGUUACUUAACGACUCAUGGACGUUAAUUACUAGUCUCCUAAGCCUGCAAACUGGCACAGGACUCCGUGAAAAUCACAAGACAAGGUCAUGACUUUACAUACUGUGCUUUCUGAAUAUUGACGAGCCUUGGGUAAUGAUGAGAGAAAAAAAGACUACCCAUAACUGCACAUAUUUGUCUCUGAUUUACGAGGUGGCAACGAGUGAUGCUUAGAAGACGAAUGUAUAGAACAUACAGCAAACAUCUAAGUCUUCUUCAAGUUUUAUCUCACUUUGAUUAAAAAUGCUGUUUCUUUGCCUUAUGGGUCACUGGCAUUCUUUUUAGGCCUGGCUUCACAAGUGUUUAUGAGACCACAACUUAAUGUUUCGCCCAACAUGUGGCGAUGAAAGUUUUUGGAUGUUUAGAACGAAUUAACAAGACAAUUUUCUUAUUUUGGAAACGAAAAUAUGGAGCACUGUAGAACAUGGUCCAAUAAAAAGUGGUGUUAUUAACAAUUAUGUUAAAUGUUUAACUGUUAUACAUUUUAAAGAUCGACUCACACGUGUGUUUUAAAUAUAUUUAAAUAUACUUGGAGCCACUGGAAGCAUUUUCCUUUUUAUGAGCUUGUCUGUAAACAUUUAUAUAGCCUAUUUAUAUGUUCUAAUCUUUAAUUGACGAAGAUGACAACGUUUUUCUGAACAAUUACAAUUACGUUUCUCGACCAGUUAAAUAAAGAAAUCAUUACAUGGCUCAAAGUUUUCAUUAUUCAGUGACAUUCAGUUAUUGAAGUCAUGACAAAUUGUGAUCUAGGGUGCCACCUUGCGGUAAAGAAUCGUUAUGUUCUCAGUCCCCGAUUUUGAGAUAAAUGCAAUUCAUUUGCAGCUUUGACAAACAUUUCAGAACAGACACGAGAAAGUAAAUGCAAACGUGAAAUUGCUAGAAAGAUACAUUUCUGAAUCUAAAAACCAAUUCUUGGCCAUACAGAUUAACCAUUUUGGUUCCACAGGGAACCUUUCAAUUGAGAUUGAGAUUUUAAGAGAACAAUUUCUUUGCCUUUUUAUAGAACCGUUUUUUCACCACAAAUAACCAUUUUGCGACAGACUUUUUGUGAAUGUUUAAGGAUCUUUAUGGAAACAUGCAGCUCGACAAAUUUAGCACUAAUUUUGGAAUACGCCAUAAUGCACUAACACUAUACAUAACAUACUUUUUUUGGGGGGGGGGGCGCACUGUAAAACCGAAACAUAUCAAAUAAACAGCAGUCUUCCUGCACAAUAUAUAUUGGAUUUAGUUUUAUCCAGGACUUACAUUUAAAACAUAACUUCUAGAAGAUUUAGUAAAUGUCUUAUUGGUUUAGAAUGGUAAAAACACACUGUGAAUCGUAGCACACUAUUGCUGGUGUUUUGGUCAGCACUGUGCAUUUCCUGCUUGCUCCGUAUAGUAUCGCAGCUUCAUCGUUUUCCCACUGCAAGGCGCCAUGACGUCAUUGCAGUGUCAGUUUUAUUUACACCAGACUCCAGCUGUCAGAUUGAUCCGUCAAACAGAGCGGACGCGCGUGUCCGUGGGUGUGUAAUCGCCACGUGAUUCGGCUCGCCAAUGUCCUUCUACAACCCACUCAGCAUCAUGGCUGCGGAUGCGCUCCUGCCGCACCGCAUCCCUGGACCGCGUCUCGCGCCCCUGGUACUCCUGAUCAUAUCCGCAUUUCACACACCGACCCACGGGCUGCUGGGCUUCCGACCGGAGGACACGGGCGGAGAGCUGUCCGUGCAGGACGGGGUGUUAAAGGCGACCGAGGGUACGCGCUUCGUGUUACGCGUGUACUAUGCAGCAUCUCCGCAGAGGCUCAACCGGACCGUCAGCGGCGCCGCACCGUGGAUCGCUUUUAUCGAGGAACCGGAACCGGGCAGAGAGGGACAGGCGCAUCCCAAAAGAAACUUAUGCGUGGAAGAGAGCGCCAGGAGUUCGGAUAUAGAGCUGCUCGGGUCUUUCAAGUCUGCGUCUAGCCAAAACUCCAUCCUGGUGGAGCUGCUCGCCAAAGACCUCCGCAGAGGAGAGAAAAUCAAAUAUUACUCGAUGUGUGCCUUUGACGGAGUGAAAUGGGAACACUACAGGACGAGAGACUUCUGGCUGGCGGUGGUGGAGCGGCCGCCCCACGCGGACGGAUGGAUGCAGGCUGGUCUGUCGGUGAUGCUGCUCGCGUUAUCCGCGCUCUUUAGCGGGCUGGUGAUCAGUAUGCUCGCGCUGGACCCGGUGGAGCUCAGAGUGCUGCAGAACAGCGGCACCGACAAGGAGCAGAAGUACGCGCACAAGAUCGAGUCCGUGCGCAAACACGGCAACUACGUUCUGUGCACCUUGGUUCUGUGCAACGUGCUCACCAACACUUUCCUGGUGGUGUGGAUGUGCCAAAUCCUCGGACACACGCCUCUUUCCAUUGCGGCGUGCACUUUUCUCAUCUUCUUCAUUGGAGAGAUCCUCCCGCAUUCCGUCGCAUCCAGACACGGGCUGGCUAUUGCAUCCAAGACCAUAUGGCUGACCAAGAUGCUGAUGCUGGUUACUUUACCCAUCACCUAUCCCAUUAGUAAACUACUUGACAAUAUGCUGCACCAAGAAAUCAGCAACUUUUACACACGCGAGAAGUUACUGGCCAUGCUGAGAGUUACCGAUCCAUAUCAUGACCUGGUGAAAGAGGAGCUCAACAUCAUACAGGGAGCACUGGAGCUCAGGACCAAAACUGUCGAAGAUGUUCUGACCCCCCUGAACGACUGCUUCAUGCUUGCUUCGGAUGCCAUUCUGGACUUUUACACCAUGUCCGAUGUGAUGCAGAGUGGAUACACCCGCAUCCCUGUUUUUGAGAAUGAAAGAUCCAAUAUUGUCAGUAUUCUGUUUGUCAAAGAUCUGGCAUUUGUUGAUCCGGAUGACUGUACCCCAUUGAAAACCAUUACUCAGUUUUACAAGCACCCGCUGCACUGUGUCUUUAACGACACCAAACUGGAUGCAAUGCUGGAACAGUUCAAGAAAGGGAAAUCUCAUCUGGCUAUCGUACAGAGGGUCAACAACGAGGGUGAAGGAGAUCCUUUCUAUGAAGUCAUGGGCAUUGUCACGCUGGAGGACGUGAUCGAGGAAAUCAUUAAAUCUGAGAUUGUGGAUGAAACUGACCUCUACACUGAUAAUCGUUCCAAGAGAAGAGUGUCUCACCACGAGAGGAAGCUGCAAGAUUUCUCCAUAUUUAAACUGUCAGAGAGUGAAAUGAAGAUCAAAGUUUCGCCGCAGCUCCUUCUGGCAACACAUCGCUUUCUGGCAACAGAAGUAGAGCCUUUUAAAUCAACACAUCUCUCAGAGAAGAUCCUCCUGCGAUUAAUAAAACACCCAAGCGUGGUGCAGGAAAUCAAGUUUGAUGAGAAAAACAAACGAUCACCAAAGCACUACCUCUACCAGCGCAACAAGCCUGUGGAUUAUUUCGUCCUCAUAUUGCAGGGCCGAGUGGAGGUAGAGAUCGGAAAAGAGGGAUUGAAGUUUGAAAAUGGGCCAUUCACAUACUACGGCUUACCCGCUAUCAUGACCAGCCUACCCACAGUCCACAGAUCACCGUCUCCUAGCAGCGCCCUCAAUCAUUCUGAUACAACAAUACACGGUGGCAGUCUGGGUCAACUGAGUAUCAGCGGAGGACCGUAUUUACCAGAUUAUUCAGUUCGCCAGCUCACAGACCUACAGAUUAUUAAGAUCAGCCGUAACCAUUACCAGAACGCCCUCACAGCUUCACGCAUGGACAGCUCUCCACAAACACCUGACGCUGACAGCCACGCGGCCGGGGAAAGGAUGACCAUCCCCGAGACACUUUCCAACAGCAUCGCCCUGCCCCUGACAGAACCACGGCCCCUUUUCAAUAGAUAUCAUCAGCACAGUCACCUCUACAGACAGCAGGACAGCACCACUAAACUAAACGAGAGGAACCGCAUCGUUCGAAGUAAGUCAGACGGACAGAAGAGUCCCAGUGACUCCGUGUUCCUGAGGAUGGAUGACAUCCCAUACAUAAGAGAAAAUCGGUUGGAGAGAAAAAAAGGAACUGAUACUAUGGCCAUCCCCAUGGAGACAGGCCUGUCUACAUCCCAGCUCAUCAGCUCUCACUCUCUGGCUGGCUCGGAUGAGAAGCUGGGGAAAAAACUGCUACGGAAACUGAGCAACAAAAAAAGAAAGAAGUCCCAUGAUGGAGAUAAACCUCUGGACGACAAUCCUGAACUUUCCCAGGUGAAGACCUAGCAUUUAAUUCAUGGGUUUGCUUCUCUCCCUGUUUCAUCCCACCGAUGUGAAGUCUUCUCCAGCCUUUCAUUGGGUCUUGGGUGAGAGAAAGCACAACCCAGCUUACACAGUCCACCACAACAAAUGUAGCAUCAUGAAACUUUCACCUCACACACCUGGAAUUUUUUUUCUUGAGGAAUAUGCUGUUACAACAAGCCUGAAUUUCCUAUCGUCGGGCCUCCAACAUGCAGCAAGACACAUAGACUGUGUGAUCUGACGAGAUGCUACAGUACUACACAGCCGUGGAUGGUUUAUGAUGAUGUCAUCUCCAGUCACUGUGGUAAUGACACUCUGACCUUUGACCCAGGCGAAGCCAGCAAGCACAAGCCUGGUGACAUGAAGCCAACCAUCUGACCGAUGAGGCCCGAGCCUCUUGAGUCAUGACACGUGGUCAUCUUUCUGUAGAAUUGUCUUGAAUUAUUGACAAAGUGUUAAUUGUGUUUCGUUAAUUGCGAUUGUUGUUUUACAUCGUAUUAGAUGAGAGGUAUUCGUCAGGUUGUGCCUGGAAACUAGUUACGAGAAUUUAUUGAUAUCAAAGCACUUUGAGAAAGUUCCAGAUCUGACCCUUUUAUUUGAUAUUCUGUUGAAUAGACUUAAGCUGAGCUGUUGACAGAGGCCUAUAUUAGGUAAAUACUGUCAGUAAUUUUAUUUCUCAAAGGAGGGCAUAUUUGUGAAUUUAAUAUAUACAGUAUAUAUACAGUAUAUAAGCCUCUGAAUAUAAUAUUUUAUUUCAUAUUUUCAUUCUGCUCGACAUCACAGUCUUAUUUCUAAGAUUUUUGCUUUUAUUUUGCACGUUUUGAGACAUAGAUAGAUAGUUAGGACAUAAGCAAGCCAUAACUUGAAUAAACUUGAAAGCAUUGAUACGCUGUAAAAAAUUGUUUGUUUUUUGUUGUUUCAACUGAAAAAAUAUGUUACCUGGCUGCCUUUAAAUUUUGAGUUAGUUCAACUUAAAAAUAUUUGUUAUGUCAAUGAAUUUAAUGCAAACUCGUUGACUAAUAAUUUUAAGUUGACUUAACUUAAAAUUUUAAGGCAUCCAGGUAACUUAUUUAUUUUUUAGUUGAAACAACAUUUUUUUACAGUGUAAAAUAUCACCUCAGACAUUGACAAAGCAAUAUGAUACAAGUCUAGUAUUUUUCUUUUUCUAAGAUAUGAAUUAAUAAUUUACCCCCCUAGCAACACGCUAAAAAUAUCACCCGCAUUUCGUCUGUUGCUUUAAUGUUUUUCUUAUAGGAUCCAAGUUUCAUUUUUUCAGAUGAGUAAAAUAUCUGAGCUGCCAUUACCGGUUCACUGCCAUCACUUUCCUAGCAUGCAGGUCAUGAAAAAUUAACCAAUCAGCUCGUCCCUGCCAACGGGUCACAUGAUUACAUUAUGUCAGGCACGGGGGAUUAUAAAAAGGGGCUUGGAUGUUUUAUGCAUGGAAGGCUUUUUUAAUGAGUAUGUCAAUACCUCUCUCUUGCAUGCGUGCAGCAGAUACCGGUGAUAUAUAUAGACCGCCGGGCUUUGGGUUUCAACCUGUGACAAGGGAGACUCGGCCUCUGAGCUGUUUGAAUCAGUGAACUGUGACCUAUGACACCACCAGGGAGUCUAAGCACAAAGCACAAGGACUGGAAAACCUCUGGAUAUCUGUUUUUCCCUAUAGGCUAUUUAUUACUUCUUAAGAGUUAGUAGCAAUAACAGAGCUGCAGAUUAUUUAUCCCUUUUAUAUAAAAGUUGCUUUGCAUCUUGAGUAUCCGAAGUGAACUGGACGUGCCUGCUUGCUUUCAGGCCACUUGGACAGUUGCUGUUGUGCAAUACUGUGAGCUCAGCCCAUUGUACAGAGAGCACAUGCUGAGACGGGGGGGGCGGCACCCUGACGUCACAAUACUGCAUUGCAGGAAGGAACAGUUACGCAUGCUGAUGUCUGGAUCGACCCACAAACAUUUCUGUACCACUCAGCUGGUGUAAACACAGACAAAAUCCACUAAAGCCCUUCUCACAAACACAAACUCUGAUGACGUAUGUACAUAAGCCUUAAACCGUGGGUAUUUGUUAAAAACAACAUCUCUCCAGCACACGCUCUCUGUAUAGUGGGUUGGCCAGAGGAUAGAUUAUAUGUUUCUACAGAGUUUAUAGAGACUUCUAUUUAAGAGCAUCUAAUGAAUUGUGUAUGACUUUACAAAUAAAACUGACGGUCUCAUAUAAAGACAAAAAUGAAUAUCAGAUGAUUAUAAGUCUUGAUGUGGCGCUUGAGAAUGAAAAGUACCACUACGCUCCCAAUAAACUGAAGUU